AAUCAUAAUUCUUAUUUACACUUGGUUUCUGUCAACACUCAUGACUCAACUGACCAGUUCCCACUUUCGUUAAAUUUAAGUAGUGUGUCUGUUGACGAUAUAAUAUCUGUCUUUGGAUCAGUUAGCGCUUAGACUGUGAGAGUUCGUUAGCAGUAUGCACUCUUUAGUCUUUAGGUGUAAGGCUGUUAAUUUGCAAUCUGUAUUUAGUGGUGCAAGCCGUGAGAAACGACUAACGAGAAUGGCAUUUGGCAUUUCUGCGUGAAAUUUAAUUAGUUUUUGUGAACAAGUGCAUUUUUCUUGAAAUAGUAAUUAAUUAUCGGUUAACCCCGCAAUGUUUAUUCGCUUAUUUGUAUACUAAUGAAAGUCGCUAUCAUGAUUUACUAUGAGCAGUGUUAAGUCAUUCUGUAAAAUUGUUAAGUGACUAGUGUUUAGGGUGGUUACUCGGUGCUCCAGGUUUUGUUUCUUCUAAUAAUGGAUUGAGAAGCCGCUAGCGUUGUUGGAAUUCAAAAUAUUUGUGUAAGGACGGGAUGGAUGAGGGUCUACUCAAUGACCUGUUAGAGUGUUCAGUCUGUUUGGAGCGUCUGGACACAUCAUCACGAGUCUUGCCAUGCCAACACACAUUCUGUCUCAAAUGUCUCAAGGUAAUAGUCGAAUCUCACAAAGAGCUACGAUGUCCCGAGUGUCGGGUACUGGUAGAGACAAAGGUGGAGGAACUGCCUCCCAACGUCCUCCUCAUGAGGAUCUUGGAGGGAAUGAAGAACUCCGCGCCCAGGAAAGUCUCUGCGCAGAGAGUUAGGACUGCGCACACGCAGGGCCAGGUACAAACGCAGCCAUCGUCUCGAUCAGACAAGCAGGUGCCACCGCACGGGAGAGCCAUCUACGAUUAUAUCUCAAAGGAACCUGGUGACCUUUCGUUCAAGAAGGGAGAGACGAUUUUGCUGCAAAAGAAGUUGGACCCUUUCUGGUAUCACGGAGAGUGUUCCGGUCGCAGCGGAAUGUUCCCUAUCACCUAUUUGCAGGUGAUAGUGCCUUUGGCCGCGGCCCCCGCCUUGUGCAAAGCGCUGUACGACUUCCGGAUGUCCGCCCCGGACGAGGAGGGCUGUCUCGCUUUCGACAAGGGGGCCAUCAUCACGGUCCACCGGCGAGUGGACGAGAACUGGGCCGAGGGUCGCCUCGAACAGCGGGUGGGCAUCUUCCCCAUCGCAUUCGUCGAACUCAACCAGGCCGCUUCGCACCUCAUGAACAGCAGUCCGAUAAAUCGCCCCGUCCCACCUGCGCCGGAACACGUCAGAGCGGGGCACUCGGAGCACAGGCAUCAGGCCCAGCACCCUCAUCGAUAUCGACAGAUGUCCGCGUCGACCCCCGCCUCGGCGCCGAGCAACUACCAGAACGUGGGCGACGCGAGCCAGGCCAACUCCCAGACGGCCGCCCGGCCGGCCCAGACGUCGGCCCGCCGCGCCGCGAGCCCGAGGAUCACGGAGCCCACUCGGGCCAAGUACCUCCUCGACAUCGUCCACUUCACGAGCGCGCACAAGGCUCUCGGGGUGCAGAGCGCGUCGCGCGUCGACGACGGCUACGACAGGUUCGGGGCCAAGUUCGACACUCACCCGAACGGGGCCGACGUCGCCUAUCAGAACGUCCGCACCGAGCGCUUUCCGGUCGCGGGCUUCGAUUCCAACUUGAGCUCUGACUCGAGCUCCAGCGCGAACACGCCGUCCUCGACCACCACGCCCAACACCAGCUCCGACACCAGCACCUGCGAGAGCGCCGAGCCCAGUCUGCCCGGCUCGCCCGACGUCGACGCGGAGAGGAACGCGACGGUCGCGGCGCCGGAGGACGCCCGCGAGCGGACCCGAGAGACCUCUCGGGACCCGAACGCCGCCGCGGCUCCGAACACGAGCGAGUGCUCGACGGCCACGAACACCUCGCUGAACGUAAGUCUCCCGAUCGAGUCCUCCCGCGUCGAGACUCGCGAGGCCGAGCCGACGAGCCUGCCCUGUUCGUCGAGGAUCACUCGCUCCGCCGGACCGGAGGCGAGGUCCAGCGGACCGGACUCGCUUCUCGACUUCGGCCUGGGGCUGCAGGCGGCCCUGUCGCCCUCUCGCGGCAGAGACGACUACGCGGCGUCGAGAGCCCCGAGGGACCAUCAUCACAGAGAGAAACGGCACAGCUUGACGCCGACCACGCAUUUGCAAGGAGGCCUCAACCAGAACAGGCAUUCGGCCGAAAUCCUAGCGACGUCCCUGCUCGAUCACACGCCCGAGCGAGACGUCCGGGGCGAGAGGGAGCGAGAGAGAGAGAGGAGACGACGGCGGUCUCGAAGCGACGAGCGCCCUCUUCCGGCCGCGUACGUCGCUCUGUAUCCGUACAGGCCGCAGAAACCCGACGAGAUCGAGUUGAAGAAGGGAGACCCGUUCUCCGCAGGCGUGUACACGGUCCGCGAGCGCUGUCGCGACGGCUGGUACAAGGGCUGGUGCGAGCGGCUCCAGCGCGCGGGGGUCUUUCCCGGGAACUACGUGGCGCCCCUCACGCCGGUGGCCAACCGGAUCAAGCACGAGAAGUCGGCGUCCAUGUCGAGCGGCAAGGCGGCGCCCCCGGCGAGCGACGGCGGCAACUCGAGCGCUCCGUCCGCCGCCCUCGCCGCUCCGGCUCCGCCCGACGCCCCGCCCAGGGCCGACAGUCCGCCGGCCGCCGCUCCUCAGCCGUCGACGUAUCCCUGGAGUGCGCCGGCGCAGCCGCAGCAGGGCGCUCCCCGAGCCGAUAAAGCGAAGGAUAAAGCGAAGUCCGAGAAGUCGUCGAUCUCCAGCGGCGUGAGCCUGAUGAAGCGAUUGGCGGCCAUGAAGAAGUGCAAGUCUCCGCCGCCCGUGGGCUACAGCAUGGACAACCCGGUGUUCGACGACUCGCCCAACGCGUCUCUCGUGUUCGCCGCGCAACACCCCGUGCACGUGCGGUCGGGCUCGUGCCCCUCGCAGUUGCUGCGCGCGUUGCCGACCUCGGCGGGGCAGAUCGCGGCCCCCGCGGGUCUGGCCGUGGCCAGGCACAAGGACCGACUGCACGAUCACCGCAUGCUCAGCCGCGGCAGCACCGAGGGCCUUCGGCAGAACCAGCAUCGCAAGUCGCAAAGCCUGGACGUGACGGCCGCCCGAAGGGACCGACACCACUCGCAGCCGGUCAGAGAGAGAUUUCGCUGCGUGGUCCCGUACCCCCCGAACUCCGAAUACGAGCUGGAGUUGAAAGUGGACGACAUAGUGACGGUCUGCAAGAAGAGAGGCGACGGCUGGUACAAGGGCACGCUGCAGAGGACCGGCAGGACCGGGCUCUUCCCGGCCUCUUUCGUUCAGAGCUGCCCGCCCGAGUGACCGACCGACCGGGCGUCGGCCGCUAAGCUGUCCGGCGCAGGGCGGAUUCCGACGAGAGAUUUUGACUAUUCGUUUUGGUGAUCGUGACGAGGAGUUUCUCGCCGCCGCCGACUUCGAUGAUUCACGACGCGGACUAUUUUUUAAAUGUGAAAUCAAAUUUAAACUUAGUUUGUGUAGAAUUUUGUGAAUUUAUUUUUAGUUUCGAUACGCUUAUUAUUUUACAAAAAGCCGUUCCCGAAGGGGUGAACGCCGGCGAGAGUCGCGGUCGCGCCGCUGCCAUAUUAUACAUAAACACUAUCUCUUUCCGCUUAGUUCGCUCGUUCGCUUCGUUUGCGACCCAUUGCAGCCCCAGACCCGGCAUCGUUUUCGUUAUAAUUAAAAAUGACUCGGGAGCCUUUUUAUAAUAGAUGAUAUCGUGUAUAAAGUUGGAGAUGUUGAAAUAUUUUAUUGAGGUAUUUUUAUGUAACCGAUAUUGAAAGCGAUAGAGUAGAGAAUUAGUACAACGAUACAUGAAAUGCUGUAACCGGAUCGGACGUUUAUCGUAACGGGGAGAGGCGUUCCGACCUCAUCGUAGUCGUAAGUCGGAAUGUUAUCGACACCCCGAGAUCCGCAUCGAGUCGAACGUCCGAAUAUCCGUCCGGGCGCUGAAGCGAGUCCCGGCUUCCACGUGCCCACCGAAUGGUUUACGGUAGCUGCCAUAGAGGCCGAUAAUCGGCUGAAAGUCGGAUACUCGACUCGAUAUUAAAUACGGGUGUUGAAUCGGCUAACUUUUAUUUUAAGGUAAAAUUUCUUUAUUCCACUUUUUGACAAUUUCUUCGAUAGAGUCGGGAUGCUACGAUAUGAUCCGUUUUAAAUUGAACUAGUUUAGAUACUGACAUUCAGUUUAUUAACACAAUAUAUUAAAAUUAAUUUUAGAGAAAAUUCAGCAAUUAUACUAAGUAAAUACAAUAUUAACAGCGUUCUAUACAGAUCGUAGGUUAGUCUUCGGAGGUUUUCGGGGGCAGAUACCUCCCGCUCCUCAUUGCUUAUUUCGCUGACUUUGCUCCGUCUAGGUGCAAUUCUUUUCUCAGAAAUGCCUUCUUUAUCUGCCACCGAAAAUCUCAUCGUAGUUAUAGUUGUAGGGAAUUUUUAUCGUUUCUACAAAUUAUUCAAUAGUUUUAAGGACUUUGAAUGUGAGAGUCAUGACUUUUGUACGAAUAGACCUUAUCCGACGUUUUGUGUCAAUUUUCUAACGAUAUUUUAAUGAAUUUUGAAAAUUGUUUUAUGGUCGGUGUGAACAACUUAGAUAUUAAUUAGUUAUUGGAGUGUAUUGUGAUGCAAUAAUUUAUAUGUGUAAUAUGUUUUUAAUUUGACGUUAUACUCGUGCCGUAAUUUAGAUUAUUCACAUAUCGUCAUUUUAAUCUAAACGAAAAAUCUAAUGAAUUUCGCCCACGUAUUGUCGGAAACCAUGCACUCUCUAUGUAUGUAAAAUGCUCAAUAUUUUUUUCUAUUUAACUCUUUUUACUUCGGAAAACACGAAAGCACGCCAUUUAAGAUGUUGGGAGUGUUUUCCGAAGUUAGCUUCAUUCGUUUUAACACGAAGCGUCGACAAGUCUGCGAUUCGUGUGAAGCCGCAUGGCCUUUAGCGAUAACUUGUAUAUUCUACGUGAGGGUCGUUUCCCGUAUUUAUUAUAUUUUUACUAAUUUGUACGUCCUUAUACUCAUGGUAACUAUGAAGAACUGAUUUUUUGUAAGUGUAUUUAAUUUGAAACUUUGUAGAUGUAGAUUGGAACCCUUUUAUUUCCAAACAACGAAUUUGUUUCUCGACUACGAUACGAGUAGGUUUUUAUACCAACGUUUUAGGUAAAUUGUUACAAUUAUUAGUGAAAUUUUAAAAAUGUUUGGCUGAAGUUUACUUGUAAAAAUUGAUGUCAUUUUAGCGUAUUAUGUAGUUGGAAAUUUAGGAUAAGAUAUUUCAUUUGAUUUAACGAGACAAAAGAACCAUAUCGAUGGCAGUUACGCGAUUUUCGAGAGAAAUAAAUAAUUUCAUCUGGA